AUGAAUGUCCGACAAUUCGAAAAGAACGGGGUGAAAAUCAUCUGUGUAGCGGAUAUCCGCGGCGAGUUAUCUCUGUUCAACCAGUUGGCACAGCAAUAUCGUGCGGAUGUGAUAGUUCAUACGGGGAAUUUUGGGUUUCUAGACGAAGGCAGUGUGAAUAGGAUCCAUGAGUCUUAUCUACGACACAUUGUCGAGUUUUCGCCAUUGCUCUCCGAAAAACUGAUCCUCGACAUCUCGAAACUAUCCAAGGUGACGGGGGACUCCGUGGAGCAUCUUUCGAGCGAAACAGAGAACCUCAAGUCUCUGCUGGAGAAUCAGGAGAUUAGCGAGCUUGGCCGCUUUUUAAGGGGCGAGGCCACACUGGACGUGCCCGUUUACACGAUCUUUGGUAUGUGCGAGGAUUCGCUCGUUGUCAAUAAGUUCCGGUACGGCGUGUACAAGAUUCCCAACCUGCACGUGAUCGACGAUGGCAAUGUGUUUGGAAUCACUACGCCCAAGGGCCAGCAUGUGCUGUUGGCGGGGAUCGGCGGGUCGUUAUCGUACCACAAGCUGUUCCACCAGGGCUCGUCGCUGGAAUUGAGCGAGAUCGUCGGGGAAGACACUACUUUGGAGGACCUGGACAAUUCCGACCUGCUGCUUCCUAUAAGUGGUGACCCGGGAAACAUAUGGAUCACCUUGCUACAAUUGGGCAGGCUGGUUUACACAAUGACGGAAUUCAGCGAACAGAACACAGAGUUUUACAACAAGGCCAUCAAGAUCUUUGUGACUCACCAGUCGCCGGCCAGAGAGCCACUGUUGGAACACCUUUUAAUUUUCUUCAAGAUGGACUACUCGAUCUCCAAUUCCCUACACUUCAAAUACACCUCUUCGUACAACGAGCUGUCGAUCAACCCGAGCUUCGAGAGCUUCAAGCUCAAGUUCAAUGAGGCGCGGACGAAGCUGGCGGUGAUUUGGAAGAACAUCCACCAACGGUACGAAAAGCUGCUCUUUAAACUGAACGACCCGCUAAUGAUCGCCUGCACGGAACUCGCGCUCGAGGUGUUUGACAAGAUCCCAAUCUCCACCAAGGGCGUCGAAGACAUCCUGCCGCUGCAGCUGUCGCAGAACCUAACAAACACAGAAGAGAUGGACUCAUUUGGGUUGCAAUCGAAACAACGCGAACUCAACACCAUUAUCCGCCAACUGAACGACCUAUACUAUAUUUCCUUCCAGAACACGUGGCAUUACAACCUGUGCGACCUGAGCUACGGGCUGUUGACUUUGGACAUAGACGAUGGACGAGUGCGCAUGGACUGUCACUCCAAGGGUUACGAUUUCCGCUACCGGCUUCUUGAGCAAGAGGAGGACACCGAGAAAAGCAGACAAGGUUCUGGUUCGAACGGCUCCCGUGGUAGAGGACGGGUGCGUGGCGGUGCUGGUAGGCCUGUGAGAGGCCGUGGAUUUCGGCGAGAAUGA